AUGAAAUGCAACGAAAAUGAUAAAAGCAGACCUCGCAAUCACAUGAAUGUGGACAAUUUGGAUAAAGCUCUACACGAUUUAGGAAUGCUCAGUGCUAUAACAGAGGCGCGCCGUGAGUAUUUGAAAGAAUCCAAAUCGAAUUUCAGUGUGAUGCGUUUAAAUACGCGAUAUGUAUCGAACGUCACUGUUGGCUAUUGCAUGAAAAGAAGUGCUAACAAAAGUAGAAUGUGUCCCUAUGUCUUACCAGUCCGACAUAGGACGAAGAGUGAGAACUCUGACGCUGUCGGUAGUGAUAUACAUGAUGGCUGUGACUUCAAAUAUAGUAUAUUAGAGCCAUCCACUAGUAGUGCUAGAGAAAACUUUGAUAAAAGUACAAAAAGAUGUCAAUCACUUGAGAAUCUCAAUCUGAUAAUAGACCCACCCCCAAAGCCUGAAAUAUCACCAGAUAUGGAUUGUAUGUCUACAAGGAUCCAGAAGUUACAAGUUGAUGAAUGA